AUGCCAACCCCGAACAUCUCCACCUCUGCAGCCAAAGGCUUCCGCAGGGCGGUGUCGGAGCUGGACUCCAAGCAAGCUGAGGCCAUCAUGUCUCCACGGUUCAUCGGAAGACGUCAAAGCCUCAUCGAAGAUGCCAGGAAGGAAAGAGAAGCUGCUGCUGCUGCUGCUGCUGCUGCUGCAGCCACGGAUGCUGCAGAGUCUACAGAGACCAUUGUCUUUGAGGAGAAGGAUGGGAGAGCCAUGCUGAACCUCUUCUUCAUGCUCAAGGGAACCAAGACUUCACCACUGUCCCGUGCACUUAAGGUAUUUGAGACAUUUGAAGCUAAAAUCCACCACCUGGAGACCAGGCUUAGCCGAAAGCCCCGUGAAGGGACUGCUGAACUGGAGUACUUUGUGCGCUGUGAAGUCCACAGCUCUGAUCUCAAUACUUUCAUUAGCUCCAUCAAGAGGGUAGCAGAAGACGUCAGGACCACUAAGGAAGACAAAUUUCACUGGUUUCCUAGAAAAAUCUGUGAGCUGGACAAGUGCCACCACUUGGUCACCAAGUUUGACCCCGACUUAGAUCUGGAUCACCCGGGCUACUCUGACCAAGUGUAUCGCCAGAGGAGGAAAUCGAUAGCAGAAAUUGCUUUUCACUAUAAGCAUGGGGACCCAAUCCCACGUGUGGAGUACACAGCGGAGGAGAUUGCGACCUGGAAGGAGGUGUACAGCACUCUGAAGAGCCUCUACCCCACCCAUGCCUGCAAGGAGUACCUCGAAGCUUUCAGUCUACUGGAGAAAUUCUGUGGCUACAAUGAGAACAACAUCCCUCAGCUGGAGGAGGUCUCCCGCUUCCUGAAAGAGAGGACUGGCUUCCAGCUGCGGCCGGUGGCUGGCCUGCUGUCGGCGAGGGACUUCCUGGCCAGCCUGGCCUUCCGCGUCUUCCAGUGCACGCAGUACAUCCGCCACGCCUCCUCGCCCAUGCACUCCCCCGAGCCGGAUUGCUGUCACGAGCUGCUGGGGCACGUCCCCAUGCUGGCCGACAAGACCUUUGCCCAGUUCUCUCAGGACAUUGGGCUGGCAUCUCUGGGAGCAACUGAUGAAGAAAUUGAGAAACUUGCCACACUUUACUGGUUUACAGUGGAGUUUGGGCUCUGCAGGCAGAAUGGAAUAGUCAAAGCCUACGGAGCUGGGCUUCUGUCUUCCUAUGGGGAGCUCAUACACUCCUUGUCAGAUGAACCAGAGGUGAGGGACUUCGACCCUGAUGCUGCUGCUGUCCAGCCCUACCAGGACCAGAACUACCAGCCUGUAUAUUUUGUGUCUGAGAGCUUCAGUGAUGCCAAAAAUAAACUGAGGAGCUACGCAGCACACAUCAAGAGGCCCUUCUCGGUGAAAUACGAGCCCUACACCCACAGCAUCGAGCUCCUGGACAGCCCUCAGACCAUCUGCCGCUCCCUGGAGGGCGUAAGGGAUGAGCUUCACUCGCUGCUUAACGCGCUCAACCUCAUCAGCUAA